UUUUUAGUGCUUCGUUGAAUUGGAGAAAAAGAGGCUCGUCUGCGGUCGCAAAGUGAUAAAACCGCAAAAAAGUCCAUAAAAUGUUGUUUAUGCAGCAAAUAAAGAGCUCUGACUCAAUGUCGGAUGCCUAGUCAAAGCGUUCGCGACCAAGUCGACUGGAACUAAAGUUGGGGCAGUGCUAAUGCGGGCAGCAUGACCGAGGGCAAGAACUUACCCCACUCCAGUGCGGAUGUGCCGUUCCGCAGCAAGGAGCUGCGCAAGCAGUCGCUCAUCCAGCACACCGGCCUGGUCGGCGUCAUCGAUGAGGGCACCAAGACCAUCGGUUUCUCCAUCUACACCACGCCGGACUUCAAGGAGAUCGCCGCACACCGGGUGGAGCUGAGCGUGAUCACGCCCCAGGAUGGCUGGUACGAGCAGGAUCCGCUGGAGAUGAUGGCCUCGAUCAACAAGUGCGCCGAGGAGGCCAUCAAGCAGCUGCCCGAACAGGGUUUCUCCGCCAGCGACAUUGUCACCGUGGGCAUAACCAACCAGCGCGAGACGACAAUCGUCUGGGAUGCGGUCACCGGCAAACCGCUGUACAAUGCGCUCCUGUGGAAGGACAUCCGCACCAGCACUACAGUGGAGCAGAUCGUGGCCAAGGUGCAGGAUCCGAACCACUUCCGCGGCAGCACGGGCCUGCCCAUCUCCACGUACUUCUCGGCCCUCAAGAUCCGCUGGCUGCGGGACAAUGUGCCCGAGGUGCGGCAGGCCAUCCGGGAAAGGCGUUGCAAGGCGGGCACAGUCGACAGCUGGAUCGUCUGGAACUUGACAAACGGAGCUCUCCACAUCACGGAUGUGACGAACGCCUCCCGCACUCUGCUCAUGAAUCUGGAGACGCAAGCCUGGGAUCCUGUUCUCCUCAAGACGUUCGGCAUCAGAGAGGAGAUGCUGCCCACCAUCCACAGCUGUUCGGAGGUAUUUGGCAAGAUCACUUCGGAGCGAAGUCCGCUGCGUGGGAUGACCCUGAGUGGAAUAAUGGGCAACCAGCAAGCCUCGCUUCUGGGCCAGAUGUGCGUGAAGCCCGGUCAGACGAAGAACACCUACCGAUCCGGCUGCUUUCUGCUCUGCAAUACGGGGGACAAGCCGGUCUUUUCCAGGCACGGUCUGCUCACCACCGUGGCUUACAAACUCGGUCCCCAGGCACCGACGAUCUACGCCAUUGAGGGAGCUGUGUCGGUGGCCGGACAUGCGCUCUCCUGGCUGCAAAACAAGGUGCGUAUCCUGCCGGACUCCAGAGAUGCCGAGAAAUAUGCGGAGAUGGUGCCCACAUCGGGGGAUGUGUACUUUGUGCCCGCCUUCACAGGACUAUAUGCUCCCUACUGGCGGCAGAAUGCUCGCGGCAUCAUCAUUGGGCUCACGCAGUUCACCCGUAAGAAUCACAUAGUGAGAGCUGCACUGGAGAGCAUCUGCUUCCAGACGCGCGACAUCCUGGAGUGCAUGCAUCAGGAGUGCGGUUACGAGAUCAACAAGCUACAUGCAGAUGGCAAGCUCACCACAAACAACCUGUUGAUGCAACUCCAGGCGGACACCAUUGGUAUGCCCGUCUUCCGCUCACAGCUAAUGGACUCUACAGCCUUCGGGGCAGCCAUGUGCGCCGCCCAGGCGGAUGGUGUCAAUCUCUGCCAGUUCGAGCCCGAGAAGCGAUACUACGAGAACGUGCACUACGACACCUUCCUGGCCACCACCACAGAUGUAGAGCGCAAGGAGCGUUACGGCAAGUGGAAGCGGGCUGUGGAGCGCAGUUUGGGAUGGGUCAUCAAGCAGAAGAAGACGCGUGAGUACACGGAGGAGAACUACCGCAUGCUGUCCUCGCUGCCAGCGAGCAUCUUCCUCAUCAGCAGCUUCGCCAUGCUGGUGCAUUCCCUCGCUGCGAGUGGCCAGUAAAUACGACGGCUGCCUGACACUUGGAUCGAUUCUCGGUUGUGAUAGUAAUUAUUUGUCCGGAUUUCGUUUGGAUCUUACACACACACUCUGUACAUAGUCCUCAAAGGACAGUGGGUGGUUGAACGUGCUUUAAACCCUGUAAAUAGCUGCUUGUCUCUGGACUAAGCUCCGCACUACUUUAAGUAUCCUGUAGCCUGACUAUCUUAACGUGUUUUCGUUGCAUAUUCUGUACGUCUUAGCCGUAGUUCCAUUGACGUUGGCUGGACUUCCGCGCGCCACGCACGCCCAUAUCAGCGGAAUUGUAUAUAGCCAAAGUGCAAACGACAUUUCUAAUUUAAGUAGGUUCCGUACUCGUAUGUGUAUGUAUAUGUUGUAGUGAUUACGCCCCUUAAACAAUAAACAAAAAUAAUACGAAUCGAAA